CUCCUUCCUUUUCCACAAACAUACACAGAUUUCCUUCCACCAUUCAUCAAUGGGGCGCUCUGGUGAUGCUACCUCCAAAUCCGUCAACGCAACUCGAGCCAGAAAGAGGGUGGAAGCAGAUACCGCUUCUACUUCUCUCAAACGAGCAAAAAAUGGCAGCGCUUUCACCCGAUGUGAAGCGUGUAAUAAAGAUGUAGCUGUGGCUUUGAUUAGCAUGCACGAUUGUGGCCUUGAUGCCAAAAUCAGGAUGAACUUAGAGGCACAAGUUGUUGAAAUGCUUAAUGAUCCAGUCGUUAAAAAGGCUACAGAGAAGAAGAAGCCAUCAACAGGAAAAGAACAAUCUGCAAAGAAAGUGAAGAAACAGAAAGACCCAAGUAAACCUAAAAAGCCACCAACUGCAUUCUUUCUCUUCAUGGAGGAAUUUAGAGUAACAUUCAAGGCAGCAAAUCCAGAUAACAAGAAAGUUUCUGUGGUUGCAAAAGAAGGUGGUGAGAAAUGGAGGUCCAUGACAGAGGAAGAAAAGAAGCCUUACACUGAAAGGGCAGCUGAGCUUAAAGAAGAUUAUCUAAAUGCUUUGCAGACUCCAAUUGAUGCUGAAAAUGAAAAAGCUGAAAGGGAAUCCAAUGAUGAUGAUGAUGAAGGUGAUAAAGUAGAGGUGGUGGCUGAUGAAGAAGGAUCUCCAGAUGAGGUUGAAGUGGUGGCUGAUGAUGAAUAGAAUAGAUUCUUGAUAUUGGUUUAUUUUGUUUAUCUUUUAUGUUGAUGGUGCAUGAUGGCUGGUUGAAGUAGAGAACCAUUAUGCCCAUUAGUUUUUGUAGAAAGCAGCCCCCUUUUUUGUUUCCAUCUUUAAAAUCUUGUCAUUUGUGUAGGCU